AUGGACGUGGCGUAAGAGGUCAUUCUCAUGCACCUAGGGAGCUCGAUCGCCUCGGGGCAAGAGGUCCGAGAGCUGCGGAAAAAGGUGCACACGGCGACAAAAACCAGCCGCCCGGCCGGUUACGGACGGAGCGGAGGGAAGGCGGACGGCUCGGGUCCGACGCAACCGGACGCCGUUUCGCAAAGCCAAGUUCUCGUCCCUUUGCGUGUGCAGGCAUUCGCUUUUACGCAACUAAACAUCCGCCGGGGGAAGAAUGACCGCUGGACGAGGGGAAGGGGGUUUUUAGAGGCAGUCGGUCGGGGUUUGGCCUUGUUUGUUCGCUGUCCGCCCAGACUCAUGCUUUUCGCCUCGAGCGCUUUGAUCGGGUUUACCUCCGGGUUCAACUCUGGAGACGUGGCCUCUCCCAUUUGGCCUCACUUUCACUCUUCCUUGUUUCAGGUCGCGGCUAGUCCAACACCCAGUCACAAUUGGGUCCACCACGGCAUCCCACAACCCCACGCCGCACGACUGCGGCACGGCGUCCGAUCCCGGGUUCGUCUCCCAGUUGUUCGGCGGACUCAAUUGUCAAGACGUUCUCGAGUACAUCAAGGUAAGACGAGCCUCCACUUUCACUUUCCUCUCCUGUAGCGCUCUUUCUUCCUUCUAAAUCUCCGCGCAAUUUUUGCCGAAAUCGAAAUCAGACUCGACGAGCUCACUUUUCAAUAGGUGUCUUCGCAUUUAAACCAAUUCAAACUUUUUUAAAGAACCGUUUCGGACUUAUGCUUUUAGGGAGAUGGGGCUGUAAACUUUGAAAUGCAUUGUGCAUUUUUGGCCUUAAGUUUUUGGAAAUGUUUUUUAUUUACACCGUGUCGUUUGAUUUGUCUUAACGGUAUUGUUAGGUCAUCUGAUCCUAAAGUACUCUAACGUUUACGAGACUUUUAUGAUUUGUGUCAUCAAUCUUCGCCAUGGACCGCCGUCCACUUUUUUAAACCAGCUGCGGACUUGGCCGGCUCACGCAUGCGUCGUCUGGGUCAGACCUUUGGAGACGUGCCAGCAAGUGCCUAGAGGCAUUAGCGGCUCGGCGAACUCGUGGUGGUCGGGUCUUCACGUCCCCCUUCCAGCAUUCGGAAACUUUUUGUUUGACAUGGGCCGUGGGCCUGCUCGGUCCAUUCGAAGAGGGGAACGAAACGGACAGAGAAUGUCCAUUCGGUGUCCCUUUAUGCCCUCCGGUCGUUUUUUUUUUUUGAGCCGCUUUGCUGGCUCCUCAUCUCCUGCUCUCUCUCUCUCCGCCCUCCGCACACGCCGCUCAAAAAAAUGCAUGAACAACUGAAGAUGGAAGACGUGGAACGAGCGAACCUCUUGCUCUUGCCCUGAGGCCUUGGUCACUCCCGGCUCUCCGAAAGACCCGAGGAAUGCCAGAUUCUCCCUUUUGGAAUUAGAAGUCAUGCAGUUUAUUCCUGCCAGUUGAAUUCAGGCGUCUCUAAUUUCAACCCUAAAGUUUACAAUCGUCAUUGUUUGGUUAUGAGCUCCGAUCCCAGUUGGGAUCAGCCUCGGCCGUUCCUAAAUCUGCUUUGGGUAAGUGAUAGGAAAUGUGAGGGAGACAAAAAAUGUGUUCGAAAUGGUUUUUGCGAGUGAUAAAGGUUAUCAGCGGAGAGGCCCUCAAGGGAAACAACCCGUCGUUUCCAAAAAAGAGACUAAAUCGCUCGACCUUGACGCUGCAACCACUGUCGCAAUGCUCCUCAUAACUUUCGUCGCGCAACUCGCUCCCGCGGACCAUUUUCGGAGAAUUGAUAGAGUAGAGUAUUGAUUGAUUAAACCGAAUUGUUCUUCCCAUCAGAGUAACGACAAGUAGAUCUGUAACUGCGUGGAACACCCAUGUACAUGUAAAUGAUGAUCGGAUCGGGAAUACACGGGUAUCCCGCAUUCCGGUGGUGCAAAUUCGGGUGAUGGAUUUUUGAGGUGGGUGAAUUCUCGCGCGAUGCAAAUAUUGUACUGAUGGCUACGAAGUAUGACUGUAAAAAAUUUAAAAAUUUUUUUAUUGUUUGCAAAAGUUUUAAUUUUUAGGGGUUUCGGCUAUGAGGAAUCCAAAAAAACAUCAUUAUCAGUACUGUUAAUAUUACGAUAAUUGUAGGGCACUGUAAAUUUUAAGAAUAAUCUUAAUUUUUGAUUUGCUGUGGGAUUUUCGAGCAGGAGCAUUCAAAAAUGAAACCCGGUUUGGAGUCGAGGAACGUUGACAUUGUUAACAUUGAACAAUAAAGAAAUCUGCCUCGUGGUUAAUUACCCGGAUAUAGCCCUAGUUCUUGACUUUUUCUAUGUUUCCUUUGCCAUUUAAACAAUUUCACUUUCAUUUCAACUCAUUGGCUAGAUUGUCACCAAUUUUGCAACAUUAUAUCUCUAGUUGCGGGAUCCGCCCCCAAAUGAAAUGUUUCGGCGACUUGCAAUAAAUAUAACAUUAAUAAAAGGACCAACAGUGGUCUAAAAAUUAAUAAAAUUGCAAUAAAAUUAAAAGAUUUCGAAAUCUUUGCAAUGUUACGUCGUAUUUAGUAGCCAUCAAUGCAAUAUUUGCUUCACCACCCGAGAAUUCACCCACCCCAAAAAUGCAUCACCACAGUUUGCAGCGCCCGAAUGCACCACCCGACUACGAAUCACCAGAGUGUUCAGUUACCCGGGUGAGAUAGACGUGUAAAUAUAGUAGAUGAUAAAGUGCAAAGGAAUGCGUUCCUCGCGUCGUCAUCAUUGGGCAAUCUGUCUGCAAUCGAUAUGAUAUGAAGAACAAAAAACGGACUGAACGGAACGGAGCAGCCCCUUCCUGCAGCCCCCCUCGCCCUAUUCAUUUCGUUGGCUGCUUGCCAAACGGCCGAAAUCCAUAACGACACAAAGGGAGGGAAACAGAACGGGCGGUGGGGGAAGAACGUUCCGAACUGCCUCUUCUUUCACAACAACACAACUAGAAAGGCGCUUCUUUUGCUCGGGGACAGAACGGACGGGGGCGUGGCCAGACUUGUUCUUGGCACGUCGCCCAAAAGGCGGCCGUCCCCAUCGUUCCUCUGGCUCGACCCAGGGAUCGAAUGACCUGGACAAGGGCACGUGCACUUCCACUCUGUCGCGUGUGUUCAGACUUCCAAUUUUCUGUUUUUAUUUUUCUGAGGAACGUUCGGCCCUGCGGUUUCGACAUUGGGCUCGCGUAAACAUGUACAUGUGAUUUCUGGGGAUGUAAAUUGGCACCAGCGAGCGUUUGUUUUUGGUCAGCCCGGGGGCAGAACGAGCCCUCCGCUCGCCAAUAUUCGUCUUCCUCUCCGGCCUCCUCUUUUUUAACUCCAAGCAACUGACCAGUCGGCCAUGUCCUGUUCUCACAUCUGUCUCGGGAACGGUCGCGCGUCCUAUCCAAACGGACCGUUCUCUCCCGGGGACAGCAACAAUUCCUCAUUCCUUGUGUUUUCGUUUUCUGGAAGAGUAACUGUCAGACUUGAGUUGUUGUUUUGUUUUAUUGUAAUCCUGGGAUGUUCUGUAUUCGGUGAAAUUAUGACAUUAAUUCCUUAUUUGAAUACACCACCACCAUUUUCCGUGCAGACAUUGUUAUGUGGAAAUCGUUAUUUCUUUAAAAACAAGGUCAUACGCGUGGAACGAGAGAACGUCCAUUCGUCUCGUCCUAUUUUUAUUCACUUUCACAACAUUGUACUGGACGUUUCUGGGGGUUUCUGGACCCUGAGGGAGGGGGGAGUUCUCGUCGCCGUUCCUAUGAUCGGUCUCUUCCCAAUGUCGUUGUCUUAAGCUCAUUUUGUCGUUGAUUUAAGAGUCCCGAGUAACCCUGUUCUCUCUCUUGAGGUUCACGUGACAUCUCCCGCCUUAUUUUAUUUUUUUCCUCACGCCGCAGGCGCUAUUCCAAGCGCUUUUGUUCUAUGAGGAGUUGCUAUUUUGGAGUCGCGUGCUUUUUUUCCGUCGUCGUUUCCUCGGGUUUGGGUGGGGUGGACGGCGUUCGCGCAAUCGAUGUCUAAAAAAACGGCCGAAGGAACGAUGGCGUUUAUCGACCCGCCGAAUACCGUGGUGUCUGUGUUUUUAGGAACUUCCACCCGAUGACUGAUCGUUUUGCACUUUUCCUUUGUUUUUUGUAACUUAAUACCGAAACACCUAACAGGACAUAAUCUUCUGCUUUCAGCAUCUUCGCAGCGGAGCUGAAGACUAUCGCAUGAAAGACGAGCGUAUAGUGGGCCUCCCGGGCACGAAUGGUACAAAUAAUGGAAACUCAAGCAAUGGAAAUCUAAAUAGCCAAGCCGUCGGCGACAGUCAGGUCAACAAUAAUCGAGUGCCCAAUCAAAAUAAUAUUCCUGAUCCCAAUUGUUCUAGCUGCGCCGAACUUAAACGGUAAAUUUUUAAAUGGUUAUUCCGUUAUUGUUUGACAUUUUUUUCAUAAUCAUGCAGGCGGCCCAUCUGAUUUCCCAAAUUAUGAUUACAAUUAUUGCGCGACUGUUACGCAAUCUCAGUAUGUAAUAAUAACUAUAGGUUUUUGAAAGGAUUCCCGAAAAAAUUUCUAAAGUAUGUAAAUGGGAUUCCUGGCAUCAUUUGUUUGGAUUGAUCGAACGGCUGAGGAAGACAAAGACCACAGCCCUGUUCCUAAUUUAUUUCCGAACGGCGGCCGAACGGCCGAAUCAUUUGCACUGUUGAGGGGAGGGCGGUGGCGACUUGCACUGCGCUCAACCACUGUGUUUUAAAAAGAAUACGGUGUUUUCUUGAGGGCAGGACUCCUGUCUACUCCGAAAAGCUAAACUCGGUCCAUUUUGGUCCGAGGAAUGCCCUUUCCGAAUAGGACGGUGAUGUUGUUGCACUUUGGAGGAGGUAGACUAAGUCCCCCUCUUAUCCGUCGUACCUGUCCGCGUGGCGCAAAGUGCAAGUUUUUUUUCAUCAGCGAUUCGUCCCGGGGUGUUUUUGGGUGUUCCCUGAUUGGAGGAACGGGGCAUGAGACGUUCCUUCGACGCCGACCUUUCUUCCUUUCCUGUUUGCUCAUUCAAAAAGUGCAAAUGCAAAACAAAUGACAUUGGGAAGAUACGAUUUCUGAACUCUUGUCUUAAAUAUAUAACGUCCCUUUUGUCAUUAGCACAGACUUUUUUCCAAUUUCAGAGAAGUUGUGGAACUCCGUCAGAUAUUCAGUCUGCUUGUUGGCCGUCAUUUAAUUGGCCUUCAGAACCUCAGAACUCCCGAGUUACAGCGCUUGGUGGCAGCUGAGUUGCCUCUACAACAGCUGAAUAACUCGCCCGCUCUGCUUCAGCACAUGAUCAACCAGAUAAAUGGAACCAGUCCAGCUAGUCCAAGCAAUAAAUUGCUGGAGAAUCUGGAUCCUCGGAGCAAUAAUGCUCUUCAAGGAUUCUGGAAUUCAAAUCCGGUGAUACCAAACAGUUCGACGACCGUUGAAUUACCUCAAAAUGUCGGCACAUUAAACAGUAACAACAUGCAGAUCAAAAACGACAACAAUUUUAUUGAACAGGUUUGUAAUGACCAUAGCGAGACGUCUUCUUCAGCCUCCUCUAGCAAUGCGCAGGUACGUGUUGGACUUAAAACAAACAGCACGCCUGUGUAUCUUGAUUUACAAUUCUAUUUAAUUCACCUCACUGUCUACAUAAUUGGUGAAAUUAAAUCAACUAAUGUCUUAUUUCUAGUUUGUGAUGAUGAGUCCCCCUCAACAAGUCCGUCAACCAGCCAUGUUCAACUCUUUGCAAUCCAACAAUCUCUCAGCCACUUCCAAUUCAAACAUUCCUCAAAGUCAGACCUUAAGUAGUCUUCUUACAAUUGCUUCAAACAACCCGGCUCUCUAUCAAAUGUUGAUCAACCAGCUGACUCAACAAAAAGUUCAACCUCAGAAUCCUCAACAACCGGCUCAAGUCUCCAAUCAGGCCUUAAGUUCGUUAAGUUCAGCGAUUUCAUCGUUGCCUCAGCUUCAACAGAACCUCCUUUUCAACCCAUCUCUCCAACAACAGCAAAGAGAACAUCUCCAGCAACAAGCAGCUCAACAACAACAAUUGGCACAACAAGCAGUCCAACAAAGGCAGAUUCAGCAAGCCAGAAGUACCCUUUUCAACGCCAAACAACAAGAAUCUUCGCCCAAACAGAGUGUAACAAUGGAUCGGAAUGGAGAACGGAGAGUAAGUCGUGAUUGCCAAAUGAUCAGCUUUUUUCCAGAUGCACGGUUUCCCUCGAGCGGCCAGCGAUGACUACGUUAGACUCAUCAAGGAGCACGAUCUCUCCGAGGCAAAUGUCGAGACCAUUCAGAUCCCUGUUUCCCAAGCUCUGGAAGUUGAUCCGAGUGAGUUGAGAGAACCACUUUUACCAUGAAUACUUUAAGAUUUCCGCCCAUUACCCGAGGAACAAGUAAUUCAGCAAGUUAUGCAAAAUAAGAAGUACGAAAAUGUAAAUGUGUCAGAGACCAUGGCUCAGUUAUGCAAGAAGCUGGCGGAGAAACGUGUCUUUGGAUCUCGUUUAAUGGCUCAGACUACUGUAGCUGCUCCAAAUCAUUCAAAUUACAGUAACCUUCCAGUCAGUGGGAUCAUAUAUAUACAACGUAAGUUGUCGUCUUCAACAAGGUGAAAUUCUCUACUUCAGAUGUCUGUCGGAAAGUGUUGGGAAAUCGUGUGUCCGACGACGAAGAAUUCUGGGAAUCUUUCCGUGAAGCCAUGCGCAAAUUAGCCGCUAGAUGUCGUCGAGUGAGACAUGCAAAGAAAGUAAGAUCUCCAAAGAUCUCCGAGGCCUCCAACAUCCAGCACUUUGAUCUUCUCCAUCAACGCAACAACAUCUCGGCAUUGACCCUUUUCAAGCCGGAGAUUGAUCCCAUGGACAUCGAUGCCAACAACCCGGUCUCACCUGAGCCGGACACUCCUUUAUCUUCCUCUUCCCGGAACUCGAGCUCGACUCCUACUCCCUCGUCCUCGAUAAAGCCGGAGAAUUAA